GAGGACGAAGACGGCGACACCCCGCUUGGGGCCGUCAUGGCCAUCGCCUCGGACGGCGUCCAGGGGGAUCCCGAGAAGGAGGUCGACGAGGACACGGCCAAGGCGCAGCUUGCCCAGCUCGCGGCCGUGCGUGCGCUGGUGUCCUGUCCGCAGCUGCCGCUGCCGCCCGAGAAGGUCUGGGAGCUCACCUCCUGGCUUAGGUCGACGUUCCCCUCCCGGCUCCACGGCGAGUUCCUCGCGGACCUGCGCGCCAGGGUAGGGAACAAGGAGGUUGACAAGGCCUGGUGCUCCGAGAUGAUGAUGCAGUAUUUGGAGGACACCGCGUACGACAACAAGGAGGGCGUCUCGGCGGCCAAGGUCCGCGACUUCCUCGAUGGAGGAGCCCGGCCCGGCCACAAGACCAACAGCGCGACCGCCUUGCUCCUGGUAGUGCUGAACCCGUACUCGACGCUCGCGGAGCUCACAGAGGUCUUCAGACUCAUGCUGUCCGUGGACCCUGCGGUGGCCACGGAGCGGGACAACUUCAAGCUGAGCGCGCUCCAGUGGGCCGCAGACUACAGGAGCGUGUCCUCCCAGCACGGCCUGCGGCAGCCGAACCCGGCGACGUUCCUCGCGCUGCUGCCGGUGUUGGUGUCCCUGCUGCCCCCCGAGCUCGACGCCGGCGAGACGUGCUACAAGACGUCGCCCGACGGCUUCUGCACGGCGUCUCCAACGGGCAGGGCCGCCUUCCACCCGCGCUUCAUGGAGGGGGACCGUGUCGACGUCCGGGUCGACGCGCCCGGCGAGGGCUGCGUCUGGGAGGAGGGAGUGGUCAUCGGGCUCUGGUACAGGGAGAGCUGCUGGCCAGCGGAGCACCCCGGCGCGCCCUACCAGGUGCGGCUGGACAUCGGCACGCAGGUCUUCGCGCUGGUGGACCACGACAGAAUUAUCAGCACGAGAGGGCGACCGAGGCGCCGCCGCGCCGACGGCGAGGCCCGCCAGAGGCACCGCUGCGCCGAAGGCGAAGGCCGCGGCGAAGGGCCCCAAGCGCUUCCAGAAGCGCCAGCGCGAGGACGGCGCCUGGGAACUGCUGGACACCGUCUCCGGCAAGGCUCGGCCAAGCUCCCCGCCAGAUUCCGACGAGGACUGAUUGCGGGCAGCGGACGCCGCGAGCGCCCCGCCUCGCGGACGACGAGCUCCCCGCGGUGGGCGCACCCCGUCGGCGGAGAUGUUCGCCGCCCACGACCCGCCCCCCCCCCCCCCUCUCAAUGAGUGCAGGCAUGCUUGCUGGAGUCUACCGGAGACGGCCUCCAAUUGCGGGCCAGCCGACGUGGCGGGCUCGCUGGAGCCAGUUUUUUUUUCCGUUCUGGGCGAUAGCGGGUCGGACGUGUCCCCUGACGCCCCAGUUCGGCCGCGCGAGACGGCGUCCGCGGUCUCGUUGCUUUUCCUGUACGCAGAAGUACAAGUUAGAGACGCAGGCAGGGACGGCACGCGCUGGUCAAC